UCCAAAUCCUCAUAUCUGAUUGAUGAUUGUUCUACGUUCCUCCUACAGCCGUUCUCAUACAAUCGCGAAAGACUCGAUGUUGGGGUCAUGAUCCUUGACUGGAAGCCCUAUGGGCCAUCAACGCGUAGGCAGAUGUGAAGGCAUGUGCAGGAGGAAUAUAUAUUUCUUUUUACCACAUCCCACGCAGCCAGGCCCUGUUCGAGAAACUGAUAUCCUUUCCAAACCAAUACGAGGAAAGGAAUGGAUUGUCUUGACGGCACAUGGCAAGGCUGAAUCAAAUGUGAGCAGUCUCGCCGAUUCGUCUCAACUUCCAACUUGCAGAUACUUUUCUUUUCCCUCGAAUUCCUAUCCCCCAAACAGCAAGGUUCACUCCCAUCUGUGGACCCUCCCCUCGAACGUGGUCCGAUGGCAGCAGUUAAGAGAGGCAUUUGCCCAAAAAGAACCCCCAAUUAUCAACACCUCCAGACUUCAAGGCAUAAUAGCAGAUAGUCGAGAAAAACCCUGCACGAGUUAACCUGAUGGCAUUUUAGUUCCCCACUUCCCCCGAAACCAAGUGAAAAAAAAGUAAACCAUACCUAGUAAUGGCCCCCUAGAGGCUAUGUUGAAUUCCCAGCACACUGGUUUAGCAGGACCACGCGGCUGUUCUUCAUACCGAUUCCAUCGUCCAUCGAAACAUUAGAGCCUCGAGCCUAUCCGAUUGGCCCAUCACAUCGGCGGGAUCGCUCCAGCUCACUGGGGCCAAGAGAGCGGAACAUGGGGCCGGUAACCAGAAAAUAAUAAUAAUGGAGUGGACUCGAUUCCCCUCCGGGGCCGGGAACGGGCGACGGGUGGGAGUGAAAAAGAAAAAACAAAAAAAAAAAGCAAAGCAAUUGAGUGCUUGGACAACGGCCGACGUAAUCUCACUGGGCAAAGACAACCCUUCCCUAUUAUCAUCCACCACAUGGUGCUAGUUUUGCUUGUAAAAGCCAAUAGUAGUAAGAAGAUAUCUCAGCCAGGCUUCGAGAGAUGGGUGGUUCCAUCCUGGGUUGGGUGGGCCAAAAUGACACUUCCCGGGCCCGAUUCCGCGGUUCAAGGGACGGAGAGUGGUGGAGCUAAAGUAUGAUAGUUAAUAAUAGUUUCCCUUAACUAGUCGCAGCAGAGCUUACCUUUAGCCAGUUUUGGAUGUGAAUGUGAUCAAUGUGACUGGUGAGCUUCAAUAAAAAAUUAAAAGAAAUUCCAUGAUACAGCUGGUAACUACGGUACGGAGACUAGAAGAAUGAUUGAAAGGCUUUAGAGUCAAGAAUAAUAACGCCAUUGUUGAUGUC